AUGGCGGACGACGCGCCGGGCGAUGCGGCCGCGGCAUCCGCGGUGAUUGACCUGGUGGCAGAAGCAAAAGAUUCUGAAGAGGCCGCCGAAUCACCCCACGCCGAGGAAUCGCAGCGCAAAGGAAAGGGGAAGGGACCUCCACUGCCGAAGCCACAAGCGCGUCCGGUGACGCCUCACGCGGCCGAUGCUCCGGCACCCGUCCGGACCUUGAGGCUCUUCCACUUCCAGCGACCCCCCAACCUGGACCGGGGUGGAGUCAUUGUCAUGUCUAACGACCCGGCCGAUCGUGAUUUGGCCAUCCUGGUGCGACACCUGACGGAUUCCGGACGGCAUCAGAAGGACAUUCGCAUCGAGCACGCCUUGCUAAACCUCGGCCGGCUGCGAGCCUUGCGUUACGAGCGGAAUCAGUUCAACGGUGCUGCGCGGUCGGUGGACGGACAGCGGUUCCUGGAGAUUUGCUCCUCCUGUGGAGUCCAGGCCGGCGAGAGGCCUGCGAGGCUCGAAGGCUUGGACGACUUGAUCACUGCUCUUGAGGGCGAAAUCGAGGAUUUGGACGAGCAUAGGAAGGAUAUUAGUUUGGGCCGCGUGCAGUUCAACGGUUUGGGCGAGGUCUUUUACCCUGGGGAGAAGGUUUGGAUGACCAUUGACGGGCUCAGCGAGCCAUUGGGGCUCACGGUCCUGCAGUCCUGGUAUCAGCUGAGAAGCAGCCUCUUCGGUCCCGAGAAGUCCUUCCACGUGGAGUUCGAGUUUUUGGCCUCCGUGGGAAAUAGCUUUGCGAAGAUCAACUUCCAAGAACCCUUUUCUUCGUAUCAGGGUGUCAGGCGCCUGGAUAGCUUGCUUUAUCAACUCAUGACCCCUGACAUGAUGGAACGGUUGAAGAAGCGUGGUGAGAAGUACCUGGAAGCUGCUACCCGGAUGCCCUACGUGCACUACGCACGUGGAUCCUUCUAUUCCCAUGGCCGCACAAAACAUGCUGCCUUGUCAGAUGGACGAGUCAUGCUGGACACGCAGAAGGGCCAGGAGUACGGCCAUCAUGCAGCCAGAGGGGGUGACAAUUGCUCGCUAGCUUUGCAGCAUGCAGUGAAAGCCUACAAGCUGCAACAGAAGCACGGCACCGACAGUUUGCGGCUGGUCGCAGAGCCGUCGACCGAAGAGCUUUGGAUGUCGUGGCCGGCCUUGGUCGGUUUCAGCUUUACGGCCAAAUGCUGGGGACAGGUCUUGGUGGCCGAAACGGCGCCCAUCGAGUUUAAGAGCGAUGCCUUCGAACAGCUGGUUCUGCCCGGCGACACCAAGGAGAUCAUAAGGUCCGCUGUCCGCCACGCCAGCUGCAGCGGCCUGGACUUCAUCGCAGGGAAGGGGGACAACACCAUUUUUCUGCUCUAUGGCCCUCCGGGCAGCGGGAAGACCCUCACAGCUGAAGCGAUCGCCGAGAUGCUUCACAUGCCUUUAUAUGUGGUGACCGCCGGUGAUUUGGGCAUCAGCGCGCAGGAAGUGGAGCAGAACUUGUCACAGGUCUUACACCUUUGCAGUGAAUGGAACGCGCUGACUCUUAUUGAUGAGGCAGACAUUUUCCUUGAAGCUCGAAGCACUGCAGAACUGCAGCGCAAUGCUUUGGUGUGUGUCAUGCUUCGACUGCUGGAGUAUCAUCAAGGCAUCCUGUUCCUCACCACCAACCGUGCCAGCAACAUUGACCCUGCAGUGCGGUCUCGUAUCACCGUGGCCUUGCACUACGAGCCCUUGGCGCGAGCGGGGCGCGAGUCGGUGUGGCGCCACCUGCUUCAGAAAGUGCCCCAUGGCUCUGUGGACCCUUCACGGCUCGCUCGGCAUACCUUGAACGGACGCCAGAUCAAGAGUUGUUUGCUCCUGGCCAACGCCCUCGCCGCCGAGCGAGACGAACCACUGUGCGACGCCCUCAUCGAGCGCGCGGUGGCUGUAGUGGCCGAGCCGGUGUCUGGCAUAGGUUCAGAAGACAUGGCACAGGAGACGCCUCACCCCACACGGCGAGUCCUCAUGCCUUACAGCGGCGCGGCCGCCUCUCCGUCCAUCUCCUCGGCGAUGUCGAGGCCCUCUGCGUCGAUCUCCACCGAGGUUGCGCAUUUGGCAACGCCGCGCCUUGCCAAACAGGAGGGCCUUUUGCAGCCCAAGAGUUCAGUGCAACCGCUGCUGCCCAGCUCGAUGCAUCAAAGCGUUGGAAGCCUUUCCGGGCGAGAUGCUCGAGAUGUGCGCUCGCAGGGGCAGGGGGUUCUGGGCCAUGACGGCCUUCCUUUCUCAAUGAAUGGCAUUGCUCCUGGGCGAAUACCUGAUCCCAUGGCGUUCCCCAGCGGGCUAGGGUACCUAUGA